AUGCAUCGAAAUUCGCUGCUGAACGCGGCAGCAGCUUCAGUGGCUGCUGCAUUCGCCAAUGGUUCGUUUCCCGGUUUGGCCCCACUGACCGCAUCAACCGGGCCCAUGGUCUGUUCGAGUAUUGGCACCAGUACGAACACAAUGGUUCCACACGAUGCAUCUCCGUCGUCCAGUUCUGGUCUGGGAGUCAGUGUGACCAGUCCGCUAGAAACGCCGACCACCGGUGGAUCACCGAACCAAAUGGGAGAUUUGGGACGGUGUGUCACCAGUCCGACUGUUCCACCACCGACAUCAUCAUCCGCUUCCUCCUCAUCCUCGACAACAUCAUCCUGGUUGUUGGGUAUGCAUGGAAAAUCGAUAAACAAAGAUUCGGUGAAUGGAUCUAUGUCACAAUCUGCCCUGGUAAUGAGUGGAAUUAAAGAGGCACAUGCUUCCGAUGGUACAACAAUGUCAAGCGUUGCCGGAGAUAUCCAUUCUUCUCUGGCACUUUCACAUCUGCAUCGCGUUGGUAGCAACAACAACAGCAGCAGCAGCAGCAACAACAACAGUAACUCAAAGCCAAACCUUAAUGGUCCAAUAACCACCCAGGUGGAUUCGUCCCACAUGGAACUGCAAUCGAAGCUGCUUGCUCUGGGUUUGCCAUUUCCUAACCCAAGUACGAAUUUGUCAAAUUCUGGAGUAGUUCCCGGCCCGAAUGAUCUGGCCACAACGUUUGGUAAUUUUAUGAACUUUAUCCCACCAUUUAAUGGCUCAGCUGCUCCAGGAAGUUAUCCGAUGGUUGACCAGUUCAGCAUGCAACAACAGCAACAGCAGCAGCAGCAACAACAGCAACAGCAACAACAACAACAGCAGCAACAGCAACAGCAGACCUGGUUGGCAGCUAACGCCUGGCUAGCUAGUCUCGCGAACGGGAAGCUUUUAAGUCCACCUGGUGGCCCGUUUGAUUCAGACCAGUCAGCACAGAUGGCUAAUUUGUUUAACCACACCAACAGCAGCAGCAACAAUCCCGGUCUGCCUUCUUGCGCAACAGGAAAACUAUUUGGUACAGAUUUUGAUCGCUUCGGCUCCGGAUUCUCUUCUUCGUUCAUGCUAGGCUCAUGCAUGGAUCAGUCCGAGGCGAAUGGACAUAAGGUUCCUGCCAAUCUCGGUGGUGCGUGGCCUGUGUGCAAUAGUUCCACUAUAUCCAGCCCAUCCGCAUCUAUUCCGCCCACCGUUUCAUUUCCAUCGACUGCAGAUCUCCUGGUGAAUAAACCACCCAACCAGAACUAUUCAAAUGAACGUUGUCUCCCCGGGACUUUCCAAAAUCUGGUGACAUUUGCCAAUACCAUAACUGAUGUGAUCCACGACGAUUCACGACUCCAGUCGGCCGGUUCACUGGAUCUCUCACAGACAGCUCACCGAACUGAUUCGGAAAGCAGCGAUCAAGUUUUACUUAAUCGGGCCGAAGAGUCGCAUUCCCAAUCGGCUUUAUCGACCACAAACACAGCGGUAACAGCGUCCACAAAACGAAAACGAGCCCGGCCAAUAUACAUCUCCCCCGAGUUUGAGCCGAAACGUCGUUUGGUCGAAUCAUCUAUCGACGAACCCGGACCAGUGAAUCUUUCCUCACCAAGUCGCUCCGUUUCACCGACCGGCGAGAGCUCCAACGCAACCCACAACUCCGCGCAAUUGGAACGACCGGUUUGUGAGACUGGAUCCAAGAGGAAGCGAGAAGCGCUUGGACGUUCGGAAUUGUUGCAACAUUUGACUUACUAUUUGGUGAAAGAUUUGCAACCACCGGAAGUGUUGGAAGGUGAAGGGUUUCGGAAUUUACUCAAAGUGAUAGGCGAUUAUGAUGUGCCUAGCGCGUGUGAAAUUCGUGAUCACGUGCUACCUGAUCUGCUCAACUCGGUCCAAUUGAAAGCUUCUUGUGAAUGGAAGGAAUUUACCUACCAGGCAACAACAACAACAGAGGUUACCCAGUCCGAUCGACCGGGAUCGCAACACGUUGCAGUCGCUUGUGCAGUCGAACUGUGGCCUCCCUGUUCCGUGAUGAGUCUGACCCAGCCCGAUGGUGUCACGUGUCACGCGAAUUUGGAGCUGCAUUGUGCCGCGUCCCGGGCGAAGAGGAAAUUUCACAGUCGUGUGUUACGCACAAUCAAGUUGAACAACUCUCGUGCUUUGAAAGAUAAUAUUAAACAAUGUGCACGAAACGUCGAUGUGGAGACCAGCGAAGAGCAUGCGGACAAAUCGUUCAUGUCCCACGAAUGGCCAAUCCCGUUAGUGACAAAUCAACCAGGUGUUUUGAACGAAUUGAUUCAAUCCACCACCACCAGCAUCACAUCACCGGACAACGCGGAUAGUAUAAAUAGGACGAGAGAAUUCCUUGUGAUCCCCUGCCUACUGUCCGCUCUGUCCAAGGCUGUGACCACUGGACUAAGCAAACCCGAGGUACAAAAUCUACUCCAAGCUGUACAAAGGCCUCACCUCCCCGGUGCACCCACUGCCUUGCCCGCGAAUGCGCCGGCAUCUUCUGACACGUCAAGUUGUGCCUCCCCGCCCGCAUUAGUUCCAGAAAAGGAAGUGCUCUCUCCGACUGUUGUCAAGACUGAGCAGUCCGACUUCGUGAUGGAGUCUAAAUCUGAUCCGAGUGCUUGCAACACAUGGUCGUCAACAUUUGAGUUGCUCCGAUCGAUUGUGACCGAUGAUCAAACAGAUCAGCCGGAAUUGCAAGCCGCAAGAAAGCUGCUUUGCGUGUUUGAAACUAUGAACCAAGCUCUGGAACUGAUUCAUCGUAAAGAGCUCGUCCUCACCGCAUCCAUGAUUGAACCAAUCCUGCAAAAUUUGAUCGAGGUUCGUUUGGCUCCCGAGCACGAGCAUGGCUCUGAACCGGUCGAAAUUUUCAAGGCUGCCGUGGCCGAACACCUGUCUAAAGCGUAUCCGGUCUCGGAUGAAUUGCGGGUCACAUUGCAAUUGGCCAGUUUACUGGAUCCGCGAUUCAAAGAUCACGUGCAAGAACAAAAAUCGGACACGAUUAAACUGUUGAAAAUCAAGGCGGAUACCAUUUCUCUGACACGUGGUUCACCCGGUGGAGGCAAAAAUGGUUCGGACGAAGCCGGCGAGACGACCGCGAUAGCACAGGCAAAAACGAAAGGAACAACGGAAUCAGUUGGCCUGGAAACCGUAUUCGGUUUAGCACGACCAACCCUAUCCGAGGUCGAUCGAUAUCUACGUGAAGAUCCGAUUGGUGUGGAAUCCGAUCCGCUUACUUGGUGGAAUACGAAAUCAGCGACCUAUCCACGCCUUGCUCAUUUGGCCUUGUACUAUUUGAACAUUCCGCUCACUUGUUACGCCAAUGGACGUCUCAGACCGAUACACGUUUCGGACACAGACACGAAUUCGAAUAUGGUUUGUCAACCGUUUGAUGGUCUGGGUCUACCACGCAUUGUCGAUCCACUCGGUCGAGACCGUUCCCGAUUGUGUGAAUCCGAUCAACCAGUGUACAAUGUGCUCUGGCACAAUGCGGAUCUCAUUUUUCCUAGCAUCAAACUGUGUGAUGGGGAGACGAACGAGGUGAAAUAG